AGCCCACGUCUUCCUCUGGCUUGGGGCUGCAGUUCCAGUUCAGCCGUACGCAAGACCAGGACGUGCACAUCCUGCAGGCUCAGCUCUGGCUCUACCUUCGAGUUCCCCGAGACCUGGUAGCCGGCCUCACCCUGAGAAUCUUCCUUGCUGGUGGGGAAGGUGAUUUGGUGGGGGGCAAUCGCACGUUGCUGAGCGAGAGGCGACUGAGCGCUAAGGGCAGCGGCUGGCGCGCCUUCACCCUCAUGCCUGCCCUGCAGAGUUUCUUUGGGGGAGAGCGCAGGACCCUGCGGCUGGAACUGGAAAGCCGCGGGGACGGGGCUGAUAUCACAGCGAUAGUUAAUGCCAGCCGGUCCCACCAGCCCUUCUUGGUGGCCGAGAACUCCAACUUCGGCUGCCGCAAGGACUACUACGUGGAUUUCCGUUACAUUGGUUGGAACGACUGGAUCAUUAAGCCUGAGGGCUACCAGAUAAACUACUGCAUGGGCCAGUGCCCUCUACACGUGGCAGGCAGCCCCGGGAUGGCCUCUUCCUUCCACACGGCCGUCUUCAACCUCGUCAAAGCUAACAACAUCCAGGCAUCGGGGCACUCCUGCUGCGUGCCCACGCGACGCCGGCCGCUCUCUGUCCUCUACUUUGAUCGCAACAGCAACAUUGUCAAGACUGACAUCCCCGACAUGAUUGUUGACGCCUGUGGCUGUAGCUAG